AUGGGCUCGUCAAAUUCUCAACAUACUGCAGAAACCACGUCGGUUAUCAAAUCGCAGAAACUCUCCGCGGCGGAAUUUCGUGUCUACAACAGUUUGGCGGAGAGAAUGGAUAAGUUCCUCACCAGCACGACAAUUUCAGGCAGCCAGGCAGCAUUGGCACCAGAUAUCCGAAAAUAUCGACAAGAUCGCAAGCUCAGCAAAUUGGCUCAGAUGAACUUGAUAGAAUCCGCAUUAUCCUUCUGUACGCAGAUCCAGAUGCAUCAUGGAUUUGAGGAGACCCACAUUUAUCCUAUACUGUCGAAAUGUAUGCCUCAGUUCCGAAAAGAGGUUCAUCUGAAUGCGAAACAUGAAGAGAUUGACGUCGGGAUACAAGCUGUUCAGAAUUAUCUUAUGCAGUGCCGCCCGGGUGACCUACUGUUUGAUGCUCAAAAGCUGAAGAUGAUGAUGGAUGGUUUUCAAGAGACGCUGUUCUCUCAUUUGGAUGACGAGGUCCAGGCACUAGGGGCUGAUAAUAUGUACGAGCUUGGACUUUAG